CCCAUGGAGCGGCGGCGGCGGCGCGGCGGAGCGAGCGGCGCGGUGCCGGCGGCCGGCCCAGGCCGCGACUCGCCCGCCGGGAGCCAUGAGCGCGGGCAGCCUGGCCCCGGGCUGGCCUGAGGCGCUGCCGCCCGCCCGGCCCGCCGCGGGCAUGAGCCGGAGCCCCGAGGGGCCCGCGGACGGCCCCGAGCUGCAGCUGAAGGUGGAUUUCUUCCGCAAGCUCGGCUACUCCUCGGAGGAGAUCCGCGGCGUGCUGCAGAAGCUGGGCCUGGGCGCCGACACCAACACGGUGCUGGGGGAGCUGGUGAAGCACGGCCCGGCCGAGCGGGACGGCCCCGAGGCCCCGCCCGAGCCCGCCGAGGCCCCGCUGGUCCCGCGGGGCGGCGCCGGCAACAAAUCCCCGGCGCCCGGCCCCGAGGAAGCGGAGAGCGACAACCUGAAGCCCAUCGUCAUCGAUGGCAGCAACGUGGCCAUGAGCCAUGGGAAUAAAGAAGUGUUCUCCUGCCGAGGUAUCCUUCUGGCUGUCCAGUGGUUUUGGGACAGGGGACACAAGGAUAUUACAGUCUUUGUGCCAUCAUGGAGGAAGGAGCAGCCCCGACCAGAUGUACUCAUAACAGACCAGUACAUCCUGCGUGACCUGGAGAAGAAGAAGAUCCUGGUGUUCACGCCGUCGCGGCGGGUGGGCGGCAAGCGCGUGGUGUGCUACGACGACCGCUUCAUCGUGAAGCUGGCCCACGAGUCCGACGGCAUCAUCGUGUCCAACGACACCUACCGCGACCUGCAGGGCGAGCGGCCCGAGUGGAAGAAAUUCAUCGAGGAGCGCCUGCUGAUGUACUCCUUCGUUAAUGACAAGUUUAUGCCUCCAGAUGAUCCCUUAGGGCGUCAUGGCCCCAGCCUGGACAACUUCCUCAGGAAGAAACCUGUAGUUCCAGAACACAAGAAACAGCAGUGCCCUUACGGGAAAAAAUGCACUUAUGGGAUUAAGUGUAAGUUCUACCAUCCUGAAAGGAUCAACCAGCCCCAGCGCUCGUUAGCUGAUGAACUCCGUGCCAAUGCCAGGCUGUCUCCAACCAGAAGUACCAGUGCCAAGGAGGAGAAGAAGGGGAAGCGGGGUUCUCAGGCAGAGCUCUUGUGCUCUGUGCCCACAGAGAGUGACAAAAGCUCUUUACAGAAGGUCUCUGCAGAGAGGAAGAGCUUGGCCCACAAAGCCAAGCCCAGUGACGUUGUGCUUCAGGCCAAAGGCUGUGUGUCGGGCAGUGUCUCCCCUGACAGGUACCAGCAGCCUCCCAUGGACUCUCUGUCUUACAUCUCUCAGGAGCAUCUCGACUCAGGCAUUGGGUCUCUGGAGAACCAGCUGUCUGACAUGUGGCCUCACAGGUGUACCAGCCACUGUGACCGUUCCCACGCAGAGCAGGUGCCCGUCUGCACCUGCGGUGGGCAGAGACCUGUCUACCCGCAUUCCCCCAGCUUAGAGCAGAACGGGCUGGUCUCCUACAACCACGGCUCCCAUAAAUCUCCUUCCCCUGGUGCUGGCUUCCUGCAGUACAGCCCUGAGCCGCCUUGCUCGGGAGCAGCCCGCUCUUUCUCAGGCUAUGGGGUGCCCGUGCCCGCCGGUGCUGCGGGGCAGUACAGCCUGCCCGGCGAGUUCGGCGCCGCCCUGCCGCGCUCGCGGGAGUUCUGGUCCGAGCCGUACCCGCUGCCGCAGGUGAGAUCCCCCGGUGUGCACAGGGCCUCGGGGCCCUGGGCUGCUGAGGAGCAGUUCGCCGAGGAGCGGGCCAGGGUGCACGUCAGGCUCUGCAGCAUCUUCCACCCGCACCUGGUGGAUGCCGUGAUGGGCCGCUUCCCCCGGCUGCUGGACCCCCAGAGGCUGGCAGCAGAGAUCCUCACCUACAAGGCCCAGAACCCGGGUGUGUGAGGCAGUGCCCAGGGCAGGCAGGUAUGGGGAGAGCUUGCGGGGCUGGGUUUGCCUCUGCAGCUGCCACAGAGGCCUUCUCAGUGCUCCUUCUUGUGCCUUUGGAAGUACUGGGCUCCAGCUGGAGGCUGUGUGCCAGAUGUGGUGUGCUCACUGCAAAUUCUGCUCCAGCUAGGACCACGUGCCUGUGGGAGAGGUGAGAACACCCCAGCGUCCCACCUUCCCCAGGGGCUAAGCAGGAAGGGGAGGCUGCAGCUCUAGAGCAGGACUGUUCCUUUGGGGUUCAUGGGAGUCUGGCACACCCUGAACUGCAGUUCUCCAUAACUGGAUGUGAGAGAAGUGGGUGCUGCCUUUGUAGUGGCCUAAGGCUAGUUUUUGAGGACCUAAAUGCCUUAUCAAUGCUGUUGUUAGGUCCUGACUAAACCUCUUUACUAAAUCCCACCAUUCAGAUCUGUGGCAGAUGUUGGGUUAUUAAUGCAAUCUGAAGCUGGAUUUAUCCAACUGGUUUUACUGAUGCACUUCUUCAAUAAUGUUUUCCACACCCUUCCAACCUCAGCUGACCUUCCUAACUGUGCCCCAUGGACCACAAGUGCUUAGUGAGGUCUCAGCUCCCGGGAGCAGAGUCCCUGCUCAGGAAGAGCAGCCAGACACUGCUCCAGAGCUCUGUGUGUGUGUUGGGCAUGUGCUGACAGCUGCAGUGUCAGAGCGGGUGGGUGAGCUGAGCGUGCUGUGAGCGCUGCUCUGGAACUGUCCCUGUCCCAGGCUGGCUCUGUACAGCACUGACGAGGAUUUAUUAUGUGCCUUGUGCCUUCAAACAGCAAUAGAACAGCUGCAGUCACAUCUGGACUGCUGCCAGGGGCCUUCCCGAGGAGUCUUGACUACUUCGUGUUGUAAAGCUGUUGCUUCCUCUUCUUCCUCACCAAUAUUCCCCUGUCCCCUUUGGCUGUGCCCAACUACAGCAGCAUCCAGAAUUGUAGAGUAAGACUUAUUUGGCAAGACUGUUCCUGUUUCACUUCCUCUUACUCUGUGAGUUUUCUAUUGUAGGUACUGUAAGAGAUUUUAAAUAUGCAAAACCAAUUGCUGUAGUAAUUGGUUCUGGUCCUGGAAUUUUGCUGUGCAAGGGAUGCAGAAAUAUUCCUGGCACGUGCAGGCCAGAAGCAGUUGAUUUGUUGAUACACAUUGUAUCUGUGUGUGUUAUUGUUUCUAAAUACAAUACACCCUCCUGUGGUUAAACCAAGGUUAUUGAGUGGCAAAUUAGGAAGGGGAGAGUGGAAGGCAGCUGGUCCUGAACCCCUCCUGGGAGCAGUGCUGGCUGUCCCUGCUCUUCCCUCUCCUGUCCAAGGAAUGACCUGCCCAGACUGGCACCAUGUGCCAUGGGACCACAGGGACGCAGGAACCUGUAUACCUGGUUAAUAAUGAUACAUUACAAAUUAGUAAUGUUUCAUGUUAGUAAGCAAAAUGCUUCUUAAUUUUAAGUAACCUAAUACUUUGCAUAUUUGUAAAUUACAGAAAAAAUGGUUUUUAAUGUUACUGUUCAGCACCUUGCUGCUUGCAGUUUUAAUCAAUGCUGGUCUCACCUCAGCCAUGUGUUACUUGGCAAGGUGGGUUUGGGUUUCUGGUGGAAUGCUGGUAUCUGCUGCCUCUCUUGCAACGAGAAGAUUAACAUUGUGUACUCCCCAGCUGACACUUGCUGAACUUUCUGUAUCACUAUGCAGUAUAGUCGUGUACUGAAUAGCCAUGUGACAGCCCUGGCAAAGAGCUGUUAUAGAAAUAAAAACUGCUGAAUU